AUGGACCUUGAGUUCGCAUGCCAAGUUGGCAAUGGGAAAGGCUUGUUCGCCACCAAGAACAUCCGCAAAGGGGAAACCGUCUUCGUGGAGAGGCCGGUGGUGUCAUCCCAGUUCCUCUGGAACGCGCUGUACAACUACCGAGCCUGUGAUCAUUGUCUGCGGGCUUUGGAGACGGCGGAGGAAAACGCCCAGCGGCUGCUGGGGAAGAGCUCCCUGGUGCUGCCUCACCCGGAGCAGUGCAGCAUCCGGAAAGACCUGCACCAGCAGUGUCCCCGGUGCCAGGUGACGUACUGCAGCGCUGAAUGCAGGCAGGCCGCUUUGGAGCAGUACCACCAGGUCCUCUGCCUUGGCCCGUCCCGUGACGACCCCACGCACCCCCUCAACAAGCUGCAGGAGGCAUGGAGAAACAUGCAUUAUCCACCGGAGACUUCCAGCAUCAUGUUGAUGGCCCGGAUGGUCGCCACCGUCAAACAGGCUAAAGACAAGGAGUGGUGGAUCAAGGCCUUCUCCCAGUUCUGCAGUAAGACAGCAAAUGAAGAGGAGGAGGUUGUGCACAAGCUGCUGGGGGACAAAUUUAAGGGCCAGCUGGAGCUGCUGCGAUUGCUCUUCACCGAAGCCCUUUACGAUGAACAUCUCAGCAGGUGGUUCACUCCAGAAGGCUUUCGAUCCCUCUUUGCCCUCGUUGGGACCAAUGGCCAAGGCAUAGGAACAAGCUCUCUGAGCCAGUGGGUACACGCUUGCGACGCGCUGGAUCUCCCCAUGCUGCAGCGGGAGGAGCUGGAUGCCUUCAUCGACCAGCUCUACAAGGACAUCGAGAAGGAGUCAGGAGAGUUCCUUAACUGCGAGGGAUCGGGUCUCUACGUGCUCCAGAGCUGCUGUAACCACAGCUGCAUCCCCAACGCCGAGACAUCCUUCCCGGAAAACAACUUCCUCCUGCACCUGACGGCUCUGGAGGACAUCGAAGCAGGAGAGGAAAUCUGCAUCAGUUAUUUAGACUGCUGUCAGAGGGAGCGGAGCAGACACAGCCGCAACAAGAUACUCAGGGAGAACUACUUGUUUACCUGCUCGUGUCCCAAGUGCCUAGCGCAAGCUGACGAUGCCGAUGUGACGUCGGAUGAAGAGGAGGAGGGCGAAGGGGAGACGGACGAUGCUGAGCUGGAGGACGAGAUGACUGACGUUUGAUCCUGGCCCCGGACGAGAGGAGAGGGAAGGGACACAGGACACAGGACGGGUGGUUUGGGGGGAGGGGAAAUCCUCCGAGAGGCAGCAGCUUUAAAUAUUAAAAACAGGGUUGUGCUGGGGGUCGGGUGGGAGGCCACAUGCCGGUGGCGGGGUGCGGAGAGGGGCAGCGGGGGAGCCGGAGGCAGGCCCUGCUCCUGCCUGGCCUUGUAGUGUGCUCUGUGUGUGUGUGUAUGUGUGUGUGUGUGUGUGUGUGUGUGUGUGAGGCUGUCCCCGUCCUCCCUGGGCACCGCUGACCCCCCUCCAGCUGCGUCUCCGUCCCCAUCGGGCUGGCUGGGGCUUGCAGGGGAGGCUGGAGGGGAGCAGGGUCCAGCCAGCCCCUGGGAUGUGCUGACGGGUCACCUCGUUGUCACCCCCGAGGCUGCUCCGCACUGUCUGUGCUGGCCGCGGGUGCGGAGGAGCGUGUCCUUCCCUACCCCGCAGGGACGAGGGGAACCCGUGUGCGUGUCCGUGUGUUUGUGCACGAGGGGUACUAUUUAAUGUCUAUAUUAGCACUAUCCACACCCUAAGGAGCUGGGGUCCGUAUAUAUUCUCCAUUCCAUGCCUUAGCUCGGCCAGCAGCAAGGGGCAAAAAGAUUUUGCAGGUGGGACCGAGACACCUUGCGGGUAGCUCAGAUGCCCAAAAAGUGGAGCCGAGCCUGGCAGGCGCCUCCCUCCUGCCUCGGCCCCCUCCUUUACACGAUGCCAAGCCCCACGCAGCAAUUGCCAGGCUUUUCUGUGGGAGGGGAAACCACUGAGGUUGCUGCUAGCCCAGCGCCCCCAUGGGCUGUGGCGUCGGCGUUAAGCAAAGUCACCAUCCAAAACCCAAAAAUUUGUUUUGGGUUUUGCAGAGAGCGAGUUGUCCCGCCGGGCCCAUCCCGCUGCUUCUGGAGGAGGAUGUGCCCGAGCGGGAGCUGCCGUGGUUGUGCCCAGGGCCGCAGCGUGGUGCUGGGUGCUUCCCUGCACUGAGAUGUCACCGCAGCCGAGCGUUGUCACCCGUCCCACGCUCUCUGCGCUGUCCCGCUCUGCUCACCACACGCCUGGAGGGAGAAGAUGGCUCCAAGCGACCAACAGGCAGCAGGUUGGGGACGCGCCCCGGGUAUUUUCCUCCCCUUUUUGGAUUUUGGGGAGGUGUUUUCCUGCCGCUGCAUCCUUCGAGCCUGUGACAGCUGGACUGUGGGACUGCGGGUGACGCUGUAAAUGGGCACUUGUGACACUACCAUCACCUCCAGCCCUGCACUCUGCUGCUUGUCCCCAGCUGUCCCAGGGCCACAGCCCCUUCAGUGUUCGUAAUAAACCAAGACUGGUGA